AGGGCAAAAGCGAUCGAUAAAGACGACGAAGUUCUGGCAAUUAAUGGCAUUGUUUUGAGAGGUCUUCAGUUGGAAGACGCGUUGAGACACUUGAGAUGUAGCGAUAGAGUCGUGCAAAUUAUAAUUGCAAAACAAAAACCGUGUGAAGUAUUGAGUCCUCAAAUUACAACCAAUACAUCACACGUUGACAAUCAUCUCAACUACGAGUCUAUUGUAAAUAAUAAUAAUAAUUGUCAUAACAAUAAUAAUAUUAAUAAUAAUAACAGUAUUAUUAACAAUAAUAUGAAUAAUAAUAAUAAUGAUAAAAACGAUAAUAAUGUGGCAAAAGUGCAAAAAUCAAAGUUUUACAUAAAGUUCUCAUCAGAUAAGCGACCGUUUGGUGCCUUUCAAUGGCUGUUGAAUCAACGGCGAAGAGUUUCGGGUCUAUCGGGCUCUAAGAGUUUCUCGGAAUCUUCGACCAGAACUGCCAAAACCAAUGCCUUAACAAAUGAUUCAAAACAGUCAGAAGUGAAUCAAAAUGGGAAACAAAGCAAUUCAUAUCCAAAUCCAAGCCAAACGCCGAAUCAAACUCAACAAAAACUGUCCACUUUAUCGCGAAUAACUCUGAACCGGAGCUGUCGACCCAUUUCUACUCCCAAUUCAAUCGAAAAUAAUAAACUCAAUUCAAACUGCAACAGCGGCGGCACACUCUCAGGCCUUUGGACACUUCCCCGUAAGCCUAAAGACAGCCCUCAACCGCCUAAAGCAGAUCUACGGACUAUUGUCUAUCAGAAAGGACCCGACAGUAAGGGUUUGGGAUUCAGUAUUGUUGGGGGCAUUGACUCACCGAAGGGUCAAAUGGGGAUAUUUGUCAAAACUAUAUACCCGAGCGGUCAGGCGGCAGAGUUCGGCAACUUAUUUGAAGGCGAUCAGAUAUUCAGUAUUAACGGACAGUCAACUGAAGGGUUAACUCAUUCGGAAGCGCUAACAAUGUUUAAAAGGAUUAAAAGAGGAGAUGUUGUCCUAAAUAUUGGCCGCCGAACAGACGUUGUGCUAAACAGUGCUAAAAACUCGAAGUCGUGCUCAAACCUCGAUCUCAUUUCAUGAAUUCAUAUCACAAGUUAUUCUAUAACUACUAUUCAAACA